AUGGUGUUGAAGGUAGGGACAGUUCCGGCCAUCCAGUCAGCGCGCCGGGUACCGCAGAUGCUCAAAAGACCUCUCAAGGAGGAACUGGACAGGAUGGAGGCACAGGGCAUCAUAGCAAAGAUGGAAGAACAUUUUGACUGGAGAACCGUCGCCCUGAGAGAUCUUCUCAAAGAAGGAUGUUGUUUCGAAUGGACAAAGAGCCACGCAGAGGAGUGGCAGAGCCUUAGAAACUCCUUAGCGUCGUCACCGGUUCUGGCCUUCUUUGACCCGAGGUUGGAAACUAAGGUCUCCACCGACGCCUCUCAGUUCGGACUUGGCGCGGCCUUGCUUCAACUUCAUGACAGCGAAUGGCUACCUGUGGCAUAUGCCUCGAGGGUACUCACAGAAGUUGAAGGCAGGCAAGCACCUGCAGCUGGCCGACACACUGUCUCGGGCACCACUAGUGACAGAAAUCGCUCGGGGCGUGGAUGUCGACGUGGAGGUGCAUGCAGUAUCAAUUCUUUCAACGAUGGACUUCUAAACUACAGAACCACUCCUCAAGAAGAUGGCAACACCCCAGCAGAGCUGUUGAUGGGCCGGCGACUGCGCACACGGCUUCCAGACAUUAGGCGCACCACGCAAGUACAAGUCCGAAAGCAUCAACAAGAUUCCUCAAGAGGCACUCUACCUAAACCGCUGUUGCCUGGCCAACAUGUACGUGUACUACAGGACGGCGCCUGGACCCUAAAGGGAAAGAUACAAGAUGUCGCAGCACCUAGAUCAUACAAGGUGGUCACUGAAGACAACAGACCGCUACGAAGAAAUCGACAACAUCUUCUGCCCGCACCCGAACGGUACGUUCCUACACGGCCGGACAUGGAUUCAGCCCGUCACCCAGAAAACGGACAUCGAGUUGAACCACCCGCGACUGAAGACUCUUCGCAAUCUGUAACCGAAUCGGCCUCACCUUCCAAGAAGUGUCUACCUUCAUCUGACGAUGGGAAGGAUUCAGAGCCCUGUCUACGGAGGUCAUCCAGGACAAGACGUCCACCGGACAGGCUCGUGUAUACAUAGUUGUGUUCUUUUAAACUGUCUGCAUGUAUGAGUUAGUAUUAGAUGUGUAACGGUUAAACAUAAAAAAAAGGGAAGAUGUAUCGGUAUGCUGAUAACAGCCCAGCGCGUAGCAUAUCUAAUCUUAACCUUGAGCGACUUCACGUGGUCCUGUUUG